GCCAGAUCCUGGACCGCAAACAAGAAGAUGUCGGACAUCGCGUACGUGCCGGGCCUCCCGACGGAGGUCAUGACCCACCCGCUCGUGCUGCUCUCGAUCGUGGACCACUACAACCGCGUGGCCAAGGACACGUCGAAGCGCGUCGUCGGCGUCCUCCUCGGCAGCGUCUCCAAGGGCAAGUGCGACGUGACCAACUCGUUCGCCGUGCCCUUCGACGAGGACCUCCGCCACCCGACGAUCUGGUACCUCGACCACGACUUCCUCGAAAACAUGAACGCCAUGUUCAAGAAGAUCAGCGCCAACGAGCGCAUUGUCGGCUUUUACUCGACCGGCCCCAAGAUCCGCGCCGCCGACCUCGCGCUCGACGAGCUCUUCCGCCGCUACUGCCCGAACCCGGUCUUGGUCAUCUGCGACGUGCGCCCGAACGUCGAGGGCCUGCCCACAACGGCGUAUGGCUCGAUCGAGGAAGUCGAGGAAGACGGGAAGGCCAUCAAGCGCACCUUCAAGCACAUCAAGUCGACGAUCGGUGCGUACGAGGCCGAAGAGGUCGGUGUCGAGCACCUCCUCCGCGACAUCAACGACCCGAGCGUGAGCUCGCUCGCAGGCCAGGUCAAGCACAAGAUGACCGCGCUCAACGGUCUCAAGGAGCGCGUCGAAGAGAUGCGCUUGUACCUCCAGAACGUCCUUGAUGGGAAGCUCCCGGUCAACCACCAGAUCGUGUACAACAUGCAGACCAUCUUCAACCUCCUCCCGAACCUCAACGUCGAGGAGCUCGUCCGCGCCAUGUUUGUCAAGACGAACGACAUGUACUUGGUGCUCUAUCUCUCGGCGCUCAUCCGCUGCACGAUUGCGUUGCACGACCUCGUGAGCAACAAGAUCAAAUACAAGGAGUCGGAAGCCGACCUCAAGGACGACGCCAAGCAGGCCGCAUCGUCCACCAAGCCGGCGGUACCGUAGGCGCCGUCAUCGUAGCUGCAUUAACUCUGCAUCAAGACGACGUCUCAUUGCCAAUAUGCC